AUGAUCAGCAGGUGUCAGUUCUAUAUUUAAAAUCGGUGUACAAUGUAAUAUAAUAAUUUAAAAAAAAAAAACAUAAAACAAUUUUUUUUUCUCAAGAAUAACGCACUGUAUGACAAAAUAAUAAAAAAAUUCUCAACAAUUGUAGAAAAAAAAUUAAAGUAUCUGAAAAAGUAACAAUUUAUAGUUUUUAUUCAGGAGGAAUGUUUCGUGGUAAACCUACUUUUAGUCUUUAUAAACAUCAAAGGAUCAAGGAUCAAUAUAAAAAAAUUGAAACAUAAGGGGAAAAGAAAAAAUAUUUUUUUGAGAUAACAAUAUUGUGAAUAUCGUGUCAAAAGUUUUCUGUUUUUGAACAAAAUUUAUUUUCUCUUAAAUUGAAUUUUAGUUAAAUCUUUAAUUAUCCAAGUGUGAAAAAUUUGAUUCCUACCUAACAAAUGGGCAUUUUCAACAAAUUAUUUGGAAAAUAUCUUUUAUUCACAAAUACAGCAAGUUGUGGAUUAAUGAUGGCAAUUGCAGAUGUGAUUCAUCAGCAAGGAGAAAAAUUGAGACAAAAUAAUUCGAUAAAAUUAAUAAAAUCCACAGAUACAAAUGAAAUUCAAAUGAAAACUGAAAAUAAAAUUCAAACAAAAUUGAAAACUGAAUUUUAUGAUAAAAAUAAAAUUUCUCAUAAAACCACAAAUCAAAAUGAAUGUAGAGAAAAAAAUAAUCACGAAAAUCAAUAUCAGAGGGAAAUUUUAAUGAUACCAUGCAAGACUGAUUAUGAUUUUAAUCGAACAAAAAAUAUGUUAACAGUUGGCCUUUUACAGGGACCAUUUCAUCAUUAUUUCUAUCGUUUUCUUGACAAAAAUUUCCCGGGGAAAAAAAUAUUUUCCAUUUUCAAGAAAACAAUGCUCGAUCAAAUGAUAUCGAGUCCUUCGUGUCUUGCAAUAUUUUUCUGUGGUCAUGGACUACUUGAGAGGAAAAGUCUCACUGAAAUCAACAUGGAAAUGAGGCAAAAAUUUUUUCACACCUGGAAGGUAGAUUGGUGUUUUUUUCCUCCCGCACAGAUUGUAAAUUUUUUAUUUGUUCCUCUGCAAUAUCGUGUGAUAUACAUCAAUGCAAUUACUGUGAUCUUCGAUAUUUUCCUAUCUUACAUGAAAUACGAAGCAGAUUUUUCCUUACCGACGUAACUAAGGAAAUUUAUUUUAUUAAAAUGACUAUAUCUCUUCACAGAAUAAUUUUAUUAGUAUUUAAGGUUUAUAAUUGUUUUUAAAGUUCAUUGUAAUAUCUUUUUUAAAUAAAAU